AUGACCUCAGCACCUCCUAAAGAAACAUUAUUUACGCACGCCACAAUCAUAACCAUCAAUCCCGACCGUGCCAUAAUCCGCAAUGGAUACCUCCUCGUGCGCGACACCCGCAUCGCCGCUAUCGGGGCAUCUCCCGUCCCCGCCGAUCUUCUCACGCCAGGCAUAACAACCAUCGACUGCACCGGCAAGAUCAUCCUCCCAGGACUGAUCAACAUCCACGCGCACUUGACGGGGACGACAUGUUUCUUGGACCCCAUGGUGACCUAUCGAGCGGGAUGGGAGAGUGUCUGUGAUGCUGUGGGGGAGAUGGGAAUUAGGGGGUGUUUGGGCAAACUCAUCAAGUUCCCCGAAACAAACCGCCAACUAUCCAUCACCGACCCACGCGACCAGGACCUCCUCGUCAUGUCUAUUCCCGGUCUGCUCUCCGCCCACGAAGCCCACCAUGGCACGCACAAUAACCGACUGCACGUGUGGGCCGCGGCUGGAACUCCCCGGGGCGCACCAGCUUCACUAUACCGCGAGCUAGGAGAAACAUGUGCAUCGCACGGCAUCUCACUAACCAUGCACUGCGCCGAGGCACCCCGAGACCGAGAGAUCUACCAUGAUGUGUACGGGUGCAGCGCGAUGGAAUUCAUCCGGGAUACGGAACUCUGCCCUAACCUUCGAGAAACACAGAGCAAAAGUCACAGUCUCGUGCUAGCACAUAUGGUCAACCUUGACCUUGAAGCAGAUUUACCACUCCUAAGUGCUACGCAUACAUCGGUAGCGCAUAACCCGAGCUCGAAUCUGAAACUAGCAUCUGGGGUGGCGCCGAUACCAGCGAUGCUGGAGUAUGAGCACGGGAUUAAUGUGGGGCUAGGGACAGAUGGCGCGCCGUGUUCGAAUCACUACGAUAUGUUCCAGGAGAUGCAUUUAGCUGCGAUUCUGCAUAAGGGGGUGUGUCGCGACGCGAGGGUGGUCGGGGCGGAGACGGUGUUGGAAAUGGCGACGAUUAAUGGAGCUAGGGCGCUGGGGCUGGGAGAUGAGAUUGGGAGUUUGGAGGUCGGUAAGAAGGCAGAUCUGGUGGUUGUGGAUCCGUAUGGGAGGGGAGGGGUGGGCGCUGCGCCGUGGCAUUGGGAGGAUGAGGAUGGGGCGAAGGUUGUUACGACGGUGAUUCAUGGGUGUACGGGUAGAGAUGUAGAUUUGACGAUGGUUGAUGGAGAGAUUUUGGUGGUGGGUGGGAAGUUGGUGUGUGGGCUUGAGGGGGAGAUCAUUUCGCAGGCCCAGAAGGCUAGUCGGGGGGUUAGAGCAAGGUGUAGGAGCAGGAUGGGGUUGGAAUCAUGA